AGCUUCUGAAGGGGCUAAGAACUAAUCGAUUUAAAGGUUUAGUAAAAAAGGUAUUCAAGUUAAUUCUAACUGAUAGCAGAUGAGAAAAGGCAUUGAGGACCACAGGUGUUAAGUUAGAAAUUCAAGUAUUUUUUUCCUAUCCGUUGAAAGUUGUGUUAUAAUUCAGACUUGAAAUAUUCGAAGUUUAAAAAAAACACAUAUACAUUAACUAACUUUAUUUGUGAUCCAUAGUGAAUGAUGAGUUCCGAAGAUAUGAGUCCGGAAGAUCUUUCUUCCCCUGGAAGUGACAAUAUUGACUAUGGUGAUGGUUCAAAAGCGGGAAAUAUGGAUCACGUCAAAAGACCAAUGAAUGCAUUUAUGGUUUGGUCAAGAGGACAAAGACGAAAAAUGGCACAGGAUAAUCCAAAAAUGCACAAUUCUGAAAUCAGUAAACGACUUGGUGCUGAAUGGAAAUUACUUUCUGAAGAUGACAAAAGACCAUUCAUUGAUGAGGCAAAACGACUCAGAGCUCUUCACAUGAAAGAACAUCCCGAUUAUAAAUAUAGACCACGUAGGAAACCAAAGUCAUUGUUAAAAAAGGACAAAUAUGCUUUUCCGAUUCCAAUGAUGCCAGGUAUGAAUCCAAUGGCAUUUGGUGCUUUGUCUUCAUCGUUUCAUCCUUCUGCAGUUUCCGCUGCGGCAGCUGCCGACAGUUUCAUGAACUCUGCAUCAAUGAGUGACAAAAUGAGGGCAUUUUUACCACCAUCAUCAACACACAGUUUGUAUUCGCAUUUAGAAAAUUUGAAAAGUUUAGACUCUUCAUCUUUAGCUAGUUUACGAUCUCAGGAACUGUCAUCCAGUAAUCCACUUUAUUCACCGUAUUUCCACCCUCCUACGUCAUCAGCGUUGACGGGAUUACCGCCUGCAGCACACUCACAUCCGGGACAGUAUUUGUUACCUUGCUGCCCUCCAGGAUAUUUACCGUCACAAGACAUCCAUAGACCAGUAGCAUAUGUAGUACUCAAACCGGAAGAACAUUACCGACAUUCGUCUGUUAUGUGAUAUUCAAAUAAUUAACUUUAACAAUGUUUGCUUUGAAAUAACCUAUUUCGCAUACUUAAAUGGCGAAAUUCAAACACAUACAGUUUGGAUUUGAUUAAAGAAUAAAUGUUAUUAUGAUGCUGGUGUUAUCCAAAGGGAUGUUGUCCAGACAAUUGUUCGGUAUGUAAAAAUGGACAUCAAGAUCUCAUGAAUUUAAAUCUUUAUGAACACACAUUUACUUUUAAAGCCUAGUGCUAAAUAGAUGAAAGACAUAAAGUGCUAGUUUUGUUGUCAGAAUAUGUUAUGUUUAUUUAGUUUUAAUGUUAUACUUGUCUAUGAUAUUGAUACAUUUUUUUGUUAUUUUUUUUAUUGAAUUUAAAUGUAUAAAUAUAUAAUGACAAGCAAAAAUAUUCAAACAUCCUUUUAAACUACAAACAAUUUUUUUCUUAUAAGAUAUUAAAGCAAAAAGUUUGUAUAUUGAACAUUUUAAAAAUUAUUUAUCAUAUUUGUUAUAAACUGAAUAUUGUUGCGGAAAAAAAACGUCCCGAAGAUUUCUUUCUUACUCUAAAUUUAUGUUAUAUUGUAACUAGAAAGCCAUACAUUCGUUGCAGAAUGACAGGACUAUAUUCUUAAUUGCAGGGGGUGUGUGUGAUUAAAAGAAUUAAAGUAAUUGUAAUUACAUCGAUAUCAGAGAAUACCAGUAUAAGAGAAAAGUUACUGAAUUAUUUCAAUUUCCAAAAUAUUUAAAUCGCAUAUAAUUUUAGUUCGAUAAGCAGAACCAUUGUCCAAAUUUAGAAUAAAUACAGAAAAGAUUUAAUCAAAAUGUUACAAAAUACUCCUAAUUCAAAAUGUAUACAAAUUUUAAAUACAAUCCCGAUGGGCAAAAAGAUUAUAAUCUACUAAAAAUCCAAUGUCAAUUACAUUGUAAUAAUUGUAAAAGAUUAUCACAGAUAAAACUUACAAAAGUCGACAAAUCAAUUUCAACAAUAGAAAAUUAAUUGCAUAUUGUGACGUUCAUUUUGUUACAAAUUGUCUCAUCGAUCUGUAUUUAUGAAACAAGGAAACAUGACAAUAACAUUGUUAAACUCUGUUAGUUAUGGAUCGUUUAUUGCUUAGGAGUUCAACCUUCAAUGACUGACAGGGUGUUAAUUUCAAUGUCAGCCUCAGUAGAUUGUUUAACUAUUUGUAAACUGUUCGUUAUUCAGUUUAAACUACUGUUUAAAUAUUUAUGCGUGAACGUCGAACACUACAAACAGUUGAUUUUGUCUAAAAAUACAUCCAUCAUGUCAUUAUUCAAAUUUUAUGAAAGUUAAAUAAACUUUGCUUUUCAUUUGUUAUAAGCAGAAUUACUUCUAUUGACCAAGUCUAUUGAUAAUAUUUAAUUUGAUUUUCAAAGUAUGAUUUCUUUUACGAAUUAUAAUUAGAAAUUAAAAAAAACAACAUUUAGUUGAAAUGAAUGAAACAACCUAUACAAUUCUAUAAAUCAACUAUAGUAACACUAUUGCCAUGCAAUAUAUUAUGCAAUAAGAAUUAAAGAAAUUCAAAUACUUAUGAACAAGACUGAAGUCAUUACUAUACUAGCGCAUUUAUUUCAAACUGAAUGUACUCAUUAAAUGCAAUUAUUCAUUUGACAUGUCUCUUUGAAUAUUUACAUUGUCAUCAUCUUAAACAGGGUUAUUAUUUACCUUGAUUAUUAUUUUUAAUUUUUCUUAAUAUUUUGUUAUUGAAAUAAAGUGUUCAAAUGUU